GAUGGAGGUGGAAGGGACUGCUGGUGGCUCCUGCACAAGUUGGAGGAGGUGCAGGCCCUAACUAGGGGGUUCUCUCAGUGCACCUCACUUCAUCGCCUUCUAUUGCUCUCGUGUGGCCCCCCCUUGCCUCCUCGCUCUCCCUGGACUUUUCCUCUCUGGGUCCUCCUCCGAGCACUCCCUGGUUAGUCAAGUUCUGUUCCGACCUCUUCCACCUGUGCGUCUUUCUCUUGCCUUCCUCUUUCUCUGUUCUAGUUGCCUGCCAAGGUCUCCCACAUUUUUCUCCCCCUCGACAUCCCUCCACCCCCUCGCGGCCCCUGCAAACACCACACACUCCUACCCCACCCCGCUCACAGCACAGUCACGACGCUUUCGGGCGGUGGCCUCGAACUAGCCCCUUGGCCUCUCUUCUCUUUGCUCGUUGGGACCGCCCUUGCAGGUCCGCGGCUUUGACCACCCCUAAACCUUUCCCGCAGUCUCACCAGAAAACCAGCCCUAACUCGCCAGGACGCGUCUCCCUGUCUGCCUCCCCUUCCCGGCCCCGCCCCGGCUCCUCCCGGCCCCAGGGGCCCUCUCGCCCGCCCCUCCAGACUCGCAGCGCGGGCUGGGCCGGCAGCCGAGGACGCACAGCUUCGAAGAGGGAGUCCGGGCAGAGCUUGACCCGAGGACCCCCCAGAGCUGGCGGAAGCUGGACUCAGAGGUACCUGGGGCCCCAGGCCCUGGGGUGGGGUUACUGGAGGAGCCCCACCAGUGGCCCUUUCCCUGGGCCGGGUCAUGCGUUGCCGCAAGUGCCAGCUCUGCCUGUCAGCACUGCUCACACUCCUGGGCCUCAAAGUAUACAUCGAGUGGACAUCUGAGUCCUGGCUUAAAAAGGCUGAACCCCGGGGCGCUCUGCCCAGUCCAACGCCACCAAGUGCUGAGCCCACCUUGCCCACCAACCUCUCAGCACGCCUGGGUCAGACUGGCCCACUGUCCUCUGCUUAUUGGAACCAGCAGCAGCGGCAACUGGGCGUCCUGCCGAGUUCGGACUGUCAGACUUGGGGGAGUGUUGCUGCCUCAGAGAUCUUGGACUUCAUCCUGUACCCCCAAGACCUUCGGCGCUUCUUGCUGUCAGCAGCCUGUAGGAGCUUCCCGCUAUGGCUGCCUGCAGGAGAAGGCAGCCCGGUGGCCAGCUGCUCUGAUAAGGAUGUACCCUACUUGCUACUGGCUGUCAAAUCAGAACCAGGACACUUUGCAGCAAGGCAGGCUGUGAGGGAGACCUGGGGCAGCCCAGUUGCUGGGACCCGGUUACUCUUCCUGCUGGGGUCCCCACUAGGAAUGGGGGGGCCUGACCUAACAUCACUGGUGACGUGGGAGAGCCGGCGCUAUGGUGACCUACUGCUCUGGGACUUCCUGGAUGUUCCCUACAACCGGACACUGAAAGACCUGCUGCUGCUGACCUGGCUGAGCCACCACUGCCCCAAGGUCAGUUUCGUCCUGCAGGUUCAGGACAAUGCCUUUGUCCACAUCCCAGCCCUGCUGGAGCACCUGCAGGCUCUGCCACCUACCUGGGCCCGCAGCCUCUACCUGGGUGAGGUCUUCACCCAGGCCAAACCACUUCGCAAGCCCGGAGGACCCUUCUAUGUGCCGAAGACCUUCUUUGAAGGUGACUACCCAGCCUAUGCAAGUGGGGGUGGCUACGUCAUCUCGGGGCGCCUGGCUCCCUGGCUGCUGCAGGCAGCAGCCCGAGUAGCGCCCUUCCCCUUUGAUGAUGUCUACACUGGUUUCUGCUUCCGUGCCCUGGGCUUAGCGCCCCGUGCCCAUCCAGGCUUCCUCACAGCCUGGCCAGCAGAGCGUACCAGGGACCCCUGCGCUGUACGAGGCCUGCUGCUGGUGCAUCCAGUCAGCCCCCAGGACACCAUUUGGCUCUGGAGACAUCUGUGGGUUCCAGAGCUCCGGUGCUGAUCCCCAGAGACAAGCUGGGGUGGUGGUGGGGGUGCGGGUGAGGGUGCUGACCUGGCCUGAGUCCCUCCCAAACCCUUCCCAGCCAAGAAUGGGCAGGCCAGACAAGGUGGCAGACUAUGUUCAUCUACUUUCUGAAUUUGAAAAAGUGUGUCCUUCCUACUCUGA